GUGUGUUUAUAUUAAACUCACAAAUCUCCACCUUCCAUUGCUCAUUAGUCUUACCCACCAGGACAAGACAAAGACAUACAAGAAAAAUCCUCAUCUUUGUUUGUGUCUUUGUUUAACUUUCCAUCUUAUUAUUCUUUUUUCCUGAUCAAGAUGAAAACAAUCAUGGCCAAUUCUUCUUCACAUGAUUCCUUCUCCUUCUCCAAGAGAUAUAAUAAUUAUUUCAACUUCAACAAAAACACCAAACACAACCAUAACCAACAUCAAGAAGAAGAAGAUGACCACCACCAAAUCCUAACAGUAAACCCUCCAAAACACAAACACACCACCGUUGUCUCAGUCUCCAAGCUCCGUUCCGCCAUUGCAUUAUCGUUCGGGAUUAGGACUCGGUCAUGUCGAGUCCUGGGGACGAUAUUCGGACACAGACGAGGGCACGUGCAUUUCUCGGUACAAACAGAGGGGAGUGCGAAGCCGAUGUUCUUAGUGGAGCUAGCGAUGCCAACGACUGCGCUCGUUCGAGAGAUGGCGUCGGGGGUGGCGAGGAUUGCGUUGGAGUGUGAGAGAGGGGAGAAAAAGAAGAAGAAGGGAGAGUUGAAUGAGGAAGGGAUAUGGAGAUCAUAUUGUAAUGGGAAGAAGUAUGGAAUUGCUCAUAGGUUCGAGUGUGGGGCUGAAGAAUGGAGGAUUCUUAGAGCUGUUGGGCCUAUAACUGUUGGAGCUGGGGUGUUGCCUGGGAUUGAAGAGGGAGGUGGUGAAGGUGAAGUGAUGUUCAUGAGGGCUAGGUUUGAGAGAGUUGUGGGUUCAAAGGAUUCAGAAGCUUUUUACAUGAUUAAUCCUGAUGGGGUUGGUGGCCCUGAGCUUAGUAUUUUUCUGCUCAGGGUUUGAUUCGUUUCUCUCGCAAGAAUAGUACUUGGAGUGAAGUUUGGGUUACAGUAAUCCCCAUGGAUAUACAUAAGAAGUACUUAAUUUGAUCCGAUACUUGAGUGAGCUGCAAAAAAAAGAUGGAUGUAGUUCAGAACUCACUCAAGUAUUUUUCUUCUUCUCUACUUUCACCAACUUUUUCUUUCUUCUUCUUAAUAUCCAUUUUUAAUUAAGCUUUGUAGGGGAAGGGGUUUUGCAGUAAUAAUAAUAUGUAUUAAAUAUGACUCAUGAGCAUAAUAACAAUAACAAUAAUCUUAUUUUGGAAAACUUCAGUCAUUUAA